UGGAUGAUGACGACGAUGGGUCCAGCAGGAGGAGAGCGGAGUUCAGGCUAGUUUCUCUCCUCUUCAUAUGGCAGCAUCGUCGGUGAAAUAUCCGUUAGUUUGGCUGCUGUUGUGGCUCUUUGUCCGGCUGUCAGAGACCAACAACACCCGAGUCUCUCUGGACGAUGACGUCAUGCUGCCGUACGCUCGUGGCCACGCCCACGGCCCCGCUCACUCCCACCGCCACGUCAGGGACUGCCAGCCCGCCGUCCACGGCAACUCCACCCACGAGAGCCGGCCCUCCUCCGGUAACCGCGGCGGGCUGCCGGUGGCCGAGUCCACGGUGUUCGUGUCGGACGUCCCGGGAAGCUCCAGACGGGUUUAUGGUCACGUGACGGUGGUUCGCGACCCGCUGAGGACGGUGUCGGUGUUGGAGCCCGGCGGGCCGGGCGGCUGCGCGAUGAAGCAGAGGGCCACGGUGGAGGAGACAGCCGGCAGCACCGCCGGGUGUCUGUACGCCCAGAACGCCGGCUUCUUCAACACCGAGACGCUCGAGUGUCUCGGCAACGUGGUGAGCGACGGUCGCAUGGUGAGAGACAGCGGGGGGGUGCAGAACGCCCAGUUUGGCAUCAGGAGGGACGGCAGCCUGGUGUUUGGGUAUCUGUCCCAGGAAGACGUUUUGGACCAGUCCAACCCGUUCGUCCAGCUCGUCAGCGGUGUGGUGUGGCUGUUGAGGAACGGAGAGGUUUACAUUAACCAGAGCCUGGAGGCCGAGUGUGACGAGACACAGGAGACGGGGAAAUUCCGCACUUUUGUGGACGUGGUGUCGGCGAGGACGGCGGUGGGCCACGACGCCGAGGGCCACCUGGUCCUGUUUCACAUCGAUGGACAGACCGGAGUGAGGGGCAUGAACCUGUGGGAGGUGGCUGAGUCUCUGAAGAGCUACGGAGUCGUCAACGCCAUCAAUCUGGACGGAGGCGGGUCCUCCACCUACGUGGCUGACGGCUCAUUGGCCAGCUACCCCUCCGAUCACUGUGAGUCCGACAGCAGGUGGCGCUGCGCUCGGCCCGUCUCCACCGUCUUGUGCGUUCACCAGCGGCGCUGCCGGCCGGCGGACUGCAGCGGACACGGAGACUGUGUGGAGGGACGCUGUCGCUGCCGGGAGGGCUGGCGGGGCGCCGCCUGCGACUCUCUGGUGUGUCAGCCGCCGGCCUGCGGCCGACAUGGUGUCUGCACCGCCGAUGGUUGUGUCUGUGAUGCUGGAUGGAGAGGAAAGAAUUGUAGCCACGAGUGCCUGCCGGGUUUCUUUGGUGACGGCUGCAACCAAACCUGCGUCUGCGUCAACGGCGGCUCCUGUGACCCCGUUAACGGACGCUGCGCCUGCACCUCCGGUUUUCACGGCGCCGCCUGUGAACGAGUGUGUCCUCUGGGCUUCUUCGGUCCGUCCUGCACUCUGGAGUGUCGCUGUGAUGACCAGUGUCCAUGUGACCCGCAGACAGGAAGCUGUAACGCCACGCUGAGAGCAGAGACCAACCACACCUUACACAGAGCUGGACAUUGUCUGGCGGAACAGAUGUUUACACGUUGGAGACGAGACGAAGAAGCUCACAAAGAGCAGCUUCACCUGACAGAGCGCACCUGGCUGAUGAUCACCUUUAGCCUGUCCUCUCUGCUGAUAGCCAGCCUGCUGCUUCACCUGGUUCGGGCGUGUCGCGGCCCGGCGGCCACUCGCUCCGCUGAACGUCGAGACUUCUCUUACGUCCCGUUGAACCGCAUCAACGGAGGAGCGGACGCAGGCGGCGGGAAAUCCGGUUUUGCGUCAGACGACUCGGACUCUCAGGAUGAAAUCUGGUCCCCGGGGUCGUAGAUGUCUGGAGGGCCGACGGGGGACGAGAGAGGCUCGGUUUAAACUGCUAAUCUUGUCAGAAAACGACAAUCUGGCUGGAAGGAAAAGGAAGCUUAACUGACAUCAAACUGUUUCUGGCAGCCGGUCAGAUGUUUGCCCCCACAGCUCCAGGUAGGACGAGCUUUCCCACUGUUGAAAUGUUUAAUGCUGAAGUGAGACUUGUUGUCCAGCUAUCUUUGGGCUUCAUCGGGUGUUUUCUGGUUAAUCACCAUGAACCCUAAAAAGAAUGCCGUCAUCCUUCUCACAGAAGUAGCGAGUGAGACCAAUAGCGACAUCACAAUCAGUAAUUAAAUAUCCACCAUCAUUCCGUUAGAGACGGUGAAAGAAAUCUUCUAUCAGAAAGAUUAUAGUUCAGCCUGGUUAAUGGACCUUAUAGCUGCAUUUUGGGACCUUUAUAGAUAUGAUAAGUAUAUUUAGUUGGUUUUUGUGUCAACAAAAGUAAAUGUCUCGCUCAAAACUACUCAAAAAGACCAACAAUAUCCAUGUAAGUGUGCACAAUAUUCAGAAUAUUUUCACCUUUUUGCCUGAACUAAAGCUGUUAUUCAGCUUAAAACAUUCUAAAUCUAGCGUUCUCUCAGCUGACAUUGAUUAUUGCAGCAGAGCGUUUCUUUGCUGCCGUGUUCUGAGAGGUUACGUUACUGUUGUUGUGAGUCUGGUGACUUUGAAGAGAGAAUAUUUCCUCGUGCUGGUUCUCUAAACUCCAUCUACACUUUAAAACACCACCGCUAUCUCUUCAGAGAGGCUUAAGAUAAUAGUCCGUACACUUAUUUAAUUCCUUAUACAGCUUAUUAUGUAAUUCUCUAUGAGUGCCACUGAUUCACCUAAAUGAUAGAAACCAGCUCCAUGGUGCCGGUUCUCCAGGCUCGCCAGUGUUAAGCUCAGUUUAGAGUUAGACUGGGUUCAACUUCAAGAUGACACUUUGAACUUUGAACUCCUCCCACGAAAACAAACUGUUACUGAGUUGUUGUUUCUUAUCAACACGAGGAUUUUUAAGAUGUUUAGUCAGAAUGCACUGAGCUCCAUCUGAGGUUAAUGUGCUCGUUCAUAUCAGAGACAAUACUUAAGAAGCACAACUGUCUUCAAGAUGCCACCAAUGUUUGAUUCAAACUUUAUCAAGAUUUCUUACUGCAUGAAUGAAAUGUCACCAAACUUCCUGUUUGUUCCUGUUUUAAACAUAAAUAAAUGUAUUGUUUGACCACUAAAA